AUGAUGCAAGUCUACGGAAACCAGAGAGGUCCUUAUGGACCAAUCAAGAAUUAUAUGGGUUCUGUCAAGAAUCAAGGUCCAUGUAAGCCACACUAUAUGCCUUUUCCGGCUAAUCACCGGAACCAGGUGCCGCCGGUCGGUCAUUUUCAGCCCCAAUUUCUUCCACCUCGACCAAAUUUCUACCCAUCUCCACAAACCCUGGUGCCACCUUAUUCAUGUGGUGGGUACAAUUUUCAAGGGCAGGGUGGUUCUACUUCAGCAAGUUCUGUCCCUCAUCGUCUACCACCGCAAGGCAUAGCUCCGGUUAACAGUGCUGGUCCAGUAGUCUCUGGUUUGCUUGGGUCUCUAAUGGCACAAGGUGUGAUCUCAUUGAAAAAUCAAAGCAGAGGAGGACUGGAGGGUACUAGUUCACUAAAUUCUCUACCUCUUGUACCACAGCAAGGGGCAUUGCCUGUUCAAAAUGCUGCUACUGAUGUUCCAGUAGUACUUCCUGGUUUAAUUGAUUCACUCCUGGCACAAGGUGUGAUUUCGUUGAAGAAACAAAGCCGGGCACUGAAACAGGAGAAGGAUGCUGUGGUAGGAUGUGAGUUUUCUGGCCUUGAUCUAAAUCUGCGUCGCGAAUCUGUGGUAAUCGGCUUGUAUGAGGGUGGUCUGCCAAGGCAAUGUAAAAGCUGUGGCCUCCGGUUCAAGUGUGAAGAACAGCACAGCAGCCAUAUGGAUUGGCAUGUCAAGAAGAACCGGAUGUCCAAAACCCGCAAGCAGAAGCCCUCUCGUAACUUUUAUGCAACUACAAGCAUGUGGCUUGUUACUGAUGUAGAGGCUGAGGCUGAGGCAUUACCUUCUGGUGUAGUUUUGUGCGCUGCUGACACCAGUGGCGUGGCAGAAAAGAAAAGGAAGACUAGUGAUGAAGAAAUGGUUGUUCCUGCGGACGAGGAUCAGAGUAAAUGUGCCUUAUGCACAGAUGCUUUUGUUGAGUUUUAUAGUCAUGAGAUAGAUGAGUGGAUGUAUAAAGGUGCUGUUUACUUGAAUGCGCCUCAGGGGCCAGCGCUGGGGAUGGUUCGGUCACAGUUGGGUCCUAUAGUCCAUGCCAAAUGCUGGUCGGAGGGUAGUAGGAAACGUCUGCGGAGGACUUAA